UCUUAGCCCCUGGAAUGCGAGAGAGGUUCAGGGAGUUCCCGGAGUGGGGCCUAGAGGGAGCCACUGGUGGCGACCUUCCUAGGGUCCCUUUCCCUUCGUGGGGUGCUAUGGAGUUCCCAGAACACAGCCAGCAGCUGCUGCAGAGCCUCCGAGAGCAGCGGUCCCAGGGUUUCCUUUGUGACUGCACGGUGAUGGUGGGUAGCACCCAGUUCUUGGCCCAUCGGGCUGUGCUGGCCUCCUGCAGCCCAUUUUUCCAGCUUUUCUACAAAGAGCGGGAACUGGACAAGAGGGACCUGGUGUGUAUCCACAACGAGAUUGUCACAGCUCCAGCCUUUGGGCUGCUUCUGGACUUUAUGUAUGCUGGCCAGCUGGUCCUGAGGGGGGAUACCCCUGUGGAGGAUGUGCUGGCAGCUGCCAGCUACUUGCACAUGAAUGAUAUUGUCAAAGUGUGUAAGCGGCGGCUGCAAGCCCGGGCCCUGACAGAGGCGGAUAGUACCAAGAAGGAGGAAGAAACCAACUCACAGCACCCUAAUUUGGAGUUUUUGUCCAGCACUUCCCGUGGCCCCCAACCUUCGUUGGCAUCUGCAGAGACAUCAGGCCACUGGGGCAAAGGGGAAUGGAAAGGCUCAGCAGCUCCCUCACCUACUGUCUGUCCUCCAGAUGAGCCACCGAUGCCGGCUGGGGCUGAUACUACACAGCCUGGCGUGGAGGUUGACUCACCGCAUCUGCGGGCACCUCCUCCACCAGUGGCUGAUGUCUCUCUUGCCAGCCCCAGUAGCUCCACAGAGACCAACCCUGCAAACUACUUCUCUUCGGGCCUCCCAACGGUUUCAGUGGAGCCACUGGCUCCCCUUGAUGUGGUUUCUGAGAAUCUGAGGGUGGUGGAACCAAGGGGAACUGGAGGACCACUGCAAGGCUUCUAUCCCCCAGCUUCGGCUGCCGUCCCAGUCCCAGCCCCAGUUCCAUCCCAGGCUCCAGCCCCAGCAGAAGCGGAGCUGGUCCAGGUGAAAGUAGAAGCUAUCGUGAUUUCUGAUGAGGAGCCCGAUGCCUCGGAGGAACAGCCUCGGGGUCCUGAGGGACUCUUCCAACCUGGAGGAGCAAUGUAUGGUGAACAGCCCCCCCAGCCAGAGGCCUUUGAAGAGCCAAGGGCAGCGGGACUGGAGGAGGUGGGGGCCAGUGACCACUUCCUUCCGCCAGAUCCUCACCUACCAUACCAUUUGCUGCCAGGUCCAGGGCAGUAUCAUCGAGGACUGGUGACCUCACCCCUGCCUGCUCCACCCGCCCUGCACGAGCCACUCUACCUGCCUUCUGAGUAUGAAGCAGCCCCAGGAAGCUUUGGGGUUUUUACUGAGGAUGUUCCCACUUGCAAGACAUGUGGGAAGACCUUCUCAUGUUCUUACACACUACGGCGCCAUGCCACAGUGCACACGCGUGAGCGACCCUACGAGUGCCGCUACUGCCUGCGCAGCUACACGCAGUCAGGGGACCUGUACCGCCACAUCCGCAAGGCUCACAACGAGGACCUGGCCAAACGCAGCAAACCGGAUCCAGAGGCUGGGCCCCUCCUGGGAGUGCAGCCCAUCCCUGGCUCCCCGACAGCAGACAGACAGAACAGCAGUGCUGGAGGGCCGCCCAAGGAUUUUGUACUUGGCCCCAAAAACUAACAUCUGUUGAGAGCACGCCCUGAUGCUAGGCCUGCUCUUGCCACCAUUAGGGGGCACCACAGAAGGUGGGAAGCAUCUCAUUUCCCCUGCUGGGGACAGAGUGAAGAUUCUGCCCAGGCUGUAGGUUCCUACCCUUUUCUUUUCCCAGCCAGAUAGCUGGACUUCAUGGGGCAUCGCAUCUCAGUCAACUCCUCACCAAGGGUACUGGGAAUUUUCCUGAGGUGUAAUUGCUUCUCACUCUGCAUUUGGACCCAUAAAGCUAGCAGGGAAAAGUAUCUCUCUGAACUGGUCUUGGCUGGUUUCUUCCACGAACCUGCACUCCUGCUGAUUCUUUCACAGCUCUCCUCCAGACCUUCUAGGAAUCUGAUACCUGUACUUGGGGUAGGGGUGAGGGUCAGGUUGUUUAUGAGGAAAAAAGUGAGAGAGGCAGAGGGCAGUGUAGACUUAGGAAAAGUGUACAAAUUAGGGAAUUUCACACAAUUAUGGUUUAUUGUUGUAGUUGAGCUCCUCCUGUGUCCUGGGACGUACUGGGGACUUCACAUAAAUACUUAUUUAACCCUCAACAACUUUAUGAGGUAUUAUCCCUCUCCCCGCAUUUUUCCCCACAGACAAGGAAACUUGAGACUGAACAAUCAACCUUAACUUGUUCUAGGUCACAGAGCUAGUUAAGGGACAAGCCAGAAUUUGAACCCUGGCUUAUGACUUCGGAUACCAUGCUGGUUUAAAACACUGUUGAAGAUGGUCAACUUUGAACUAGAAGUUGUCUUCUUUUUUGACCUUUUGAGUGUUUGGUUUUGUUGCCUUACCCCUUUCCCUCUGCUUUCCAUGUCGA